AUGGGGAGGAACGCACGGCCAUUCGUCUUGCUAACCUUUGCCUGUGCAUUUUCCUCCUGCUUUGCUGAAGUGGCCCUGGGUGUCGAACUGUCUACAAAAACCAUAUCUUUCCACCGCACAGCUACUUCUGCUCAGCCACUUUAUUAUUCUUCGUCCCACCAUGGCACCACAGUUCAUUUUAAUAGCACAGACUCUCUUAAAACAGCAUCCAUAAGCGACAGAACAAUGAUGCAGACAACAGACCAGCAUGAGGUAACAACAGCAUCAGCCCAUCACACGACAGCCCAGGCAGAAGCAAGCACCACACAAAUGACCACCCAGAAAUCUCCCACAACAUCAGCAGACAACACAACUGCAAGUGGUCAGGCUACAACCCAGGCAAUGGAAGCGGUUACAUCUGCAGGGGAGAACACAACCAGGCACUUUCUGUCCUCAACCAAGCACAGCAGAACACACGUGAACACAGAAGUGACAGCAGCAGCCACAAACACAACCGUAAAACACACAAUGCCGAAGACACAAAUGACAACUGCUGCCGUAACUACUACAGCCACAACCACACGAACUGUAAAACCCACCACCGGGUCAGGAAAUCAAACAACAGCACCUAAAAGUCCAACAGCCAUGACCAACACAACAACCAUUCGUCCAGGGACUCAAACAACCAGUCCAUCUACUACAACGACAGUGAGACCUACUCUUGCACCACAGCCCUCUCCCAUCCCCACGGGCACAUACACCAUUUCCAGUGGGAACAAGACCUGCAUCAAAGCAGUCAUGGGUUUGCAGCUGAUGGCUCAAAAUACACACACGAAGCAGAUGGAGUACAUGGCUGUCAACCCCAAUGCGACACAGACCUCUGGAAGCUGUGGGACGGUGCAGUCUGAGCUGAACAUAACGUUCAGUGGAGGAUUCAUAAACUUCACCUUUGUAAAGCAAGCUCCGGCAUACUAUGUCAGUAAAAUUGAGUCCAGCUUACAGCUAUCUUCCGAAGGUAUGCUUUACUACGCAGCCAUACAGGAGAAGCUGUUUACAACAAAACUGGGGAAUUCCUUUAAGUGUGCCAGCAAGCAAACCUUCAGCUUGGAGAAGAACUUCCAACUGCUUAUUGUCAAUAUGAAGAUGCAGGCGUUUGAUAUUGUCAAUAACCAGUUUGGAAAAGAAGAAGAAUGUUUUCCUGAUAAAAACAGCAAAGCAGCUCCCAUCGCAGUGGGCCUGAGUAUCCUGGGAUUGUUUGUCAUUGUGUUUGCCACUUUCCUGAUUUCCAGAAGAAAGCCACAUAGAGGAUACGAACGUAUUUGA